GCGCCUGAGCAGCUCCGCCGAAAGCCGGCCGGACUGAAGCAGGGCGAAGGGGGAGGGUCUCGAGGCGAGUUCUGCUCCUCCGAGGGAAGGACCCCAGCUGGAGUGGAAAACCAGCACCAGCUGACCGCAGAGAGCCGGGCUGAUCAUGGAGAGGGCCGGCCCCGGCUCCGCGCGGCCGCAACAGCAAUGGGACCAGGACUCGGUCGAAGCGUGGCUGGACGAUCACUGGGACUUUACCUUCUCUUACUUUGUUAGGAAAGGCACCAGAGAAAUGGUCAAUGCAUGGUUUGCUGAGAGAGUACACACCAUCCCUGUGUGCAAGGAAGGAGUCAAAGGCCACGCGGAAUCCUGCUCUUGCCCCUUGCAGCCAAGUACCCGUGCAGAGAGCAGUGUCCCUGGAACACCAACCAGGAAGAUCUCUGCCUCCGAAUUUGAUCGGCCGCUUAGACCCAUUGUUAUCAAGGAUUCUGAGGGGACUGUGAGCUUCCUCUCUGACUCAGACAAGAAGGAACAGAUGCCUCUAACCUCCCCACGGUUUGAUAAUGAUGAAGGGGACCAGUGCUCGAGACUCUUGGAAUUAGUGAAAGAUAUUUCUAGUCACUUGGAUGUCACAGCCUUAUGUCACAAAAUUUUCUUGCAUAUCCAUGGACUCAUCUCCGCCGACCGCUACUCCUUAUUCCUCGUCUGUGAGGACAGCUCCAACGACAAGUUUCUUAUCAGCCGCCUCUUUGAUGUUGCAGAAGGUUCAACACUGGAAGAAGCUUCAAAUAACUGUAUCCGCUUAGAGUGGAACAAAGGCAUCGUGGGACACGUGGCUGCUCUUGGCGAGCCCUUGAACAUCAAGGACGCCUAUGAGGACCCUCGAUUCAAUGCAGAAGUUGACCAAAUUACAGGCUACAAGACGCAAAGUAUUCUUUGUAUGCCAAUCAAGAAUCACAGGGAAGAGGUUGUUGGUGUAGCCCAGGCCAUCAACAAGAAAUCAGGAAAUGGUGGGACAUUCACUGAAAAAGAUGAAAAGGACUUUGCUGCUUACUUGGCAUUUUGUGGAAUUGUUCUUCAUAAUGCUCAACUCUAUGAGACUUCACUGCUGGAAAACAAGAGAAAUCAGGUGCUGCUUGACCUUGCUAGCUUAAUUUUUGAAGAACAACAAUCAUUAGAAGUAAUUCUAAAGAAAAUAGCUGCCACUAUUAUCUCUUUCAUGCAGGUGCAGAAAUGCACCAUUUUCAUAGUGGAUGAAGAUUGCUCCGAUUCUUUCUCUAGCGUGUUUCACAUGGAGUGUGAGGAAUUAGAAAAAUCGUCAGAUACUUUAACACGGGAACGUGAUGCAAACAGAAUCAAUUACAUGUAUGCUCAGUAUGUCAAAAAUACUAUGGAACCACUUAAUAUCCCAGAUGUCAGUAAGGACAAAAGAUUUCCCUGGACAAAUGAAAACAUGGGAAAUGUAAACCAGCAGUGCAUUAGAAGUUUGCUUUGUACACCUAUAAAAAAUGGAAAGAAGAACAAAGUGAUAGGGGUUUGCCAACUUGUUAAUAAGAUGGAAGAAACCACUGGCAAAGUUAAGCCUUUCAACCGAAACGAUGAACAGUUUCUGGAAGCUUUCGUCAUCUUUUGUGGCUUGGGGAUCCAGAACACACAGAUGUACGAAGCGGUGGAGAGAGCCAUGGCCAAGCAGAUGGUCACGUUAGAGGUUCUGUCUUAUCAUGCUUCAGCUGCAGAGGAAGAGACCAGAGAGCUCCAAUCCUUAGCGGCUGCUGUGGUUCCAUCUGCCCAGACCCUUAAAAUCACCGACUUCGGCUUCAGCGACUUCGAGCUGUCCGACCUGGACACAGCACUGUGCACAAUCCGGAUGUUCACAGACCUCAACCUCGUGCAGAGCUUCCAGAUGAAACAUGAGGUCCUCUGCAGGUGGAUUUUAAGUGUGAAGAAGAACUAUCGGAAGAACGUCGCCUAUCAUAAUUGGAGACAUGCCUUCAAUACGGCUCAGUGCAUGUUUGCCGCACUAAAAGCAGGCAAAAUUCAGAACAGGCUGACGGACCUGGAGACACUCGCACUGCUGAUUGCUGCCUUAAGCCAUGAUCUGGAUCACCGCGGUGUCAAUAACUCUUACAUACAGCGAAGUGAGCACCCGCUUGCUCAGCUGUACUGCCACUCAAUCAUGGAGCACCAUCACUUUGACCAGUGCCUGAUGAUCCUUAAUAGUCCUGGCAAUCAGAUUCUCAGUGGCCUCUCCAUUGAAGAAUAUAAGACCACGCUGAAGAUAAUCAAGCAAGCUAUUUUAGCUACAGACCUAGCACUGUACAUAAAGAGACGAGGAGAAUUUUUUGAACUUAUAAGAAAAAAUCAAUUCAACUUGGAAGAUCCUCAUCAAAAGGAGUUGUUUUUAGCGAUGCUGAUGACAGCUUGUGAUCUUUCUGCGAUUACAAAACCCUGGCCUAUUCAACAACGGAUAGCAGAACUUGUUGCCACUGAAUUUUUUGACCAAGGAGACAGAGAGAGAAAAGAACUCAACAUAGAACCCACUGAUCUAAUGAACCGGGAGAAAAAAAACAAAAUCCCAAGUAUGCAAGUUGGAUUCAUAGAUGCCAUCUGCUUGCAACUUUAUGAGGCCUUGACCCAUGUGUCGGAGGACUGUUUCCCUUUGCUGGACGGCUGCAGAAAGAACAGGCAGAAAUGGCAGGCCCUUGCAGAACAGCAGGAGAAGACACUGAUCAAUGGUGAAAGCAGCCAGACCAAGCGGAACUGAGAGGCCUGUUCACGCAGGGCUGAAGUCACAGAUGGUGUUUCUGCAGUAUGCCUAGUUUUGCUACACACUGUACAGAUUUGGUGUAUACUUUGCCACUGCUAUAUUUUUAUUUUUGCACAACUUUUGACAGCGUAGCAUGAAAUGUUUUUAGAGGACUAUUGCAUAUUUUCUGUAUAUCUGUUUUAUGCCACUGAACUGAGAUUAUCAAUGACACCCACUCUUAGCACAUGGAUAAGAGCACUGUUUGUAAUAUUGUGUGUACUGCGAGGUACAAGUUGCAUUCUUGCACAGAGGCUAUUUUUUUUUUUUUCUGGGGAUUUUAAAUAAUUGGUUUUGUGUUAUCUGAAUUAUCAAUCUUUCAAGAAUGUUUGGAAUCUUUUCUUUCUUAAAAGUAGUCUGGGAGCAAACUGAAUAUAUUCUGUGACAUUUACAACCUUCAUAGAAUAGAGAAAAAUGUUGGCUUUUAAAGCUUGUUGGAUUUUAAAAGGAAUGGGCUAUAUUUUUCAACAGUGUAUUACCUUAACAAAAGAAAAUUAAAACUCUAAACAAAUGGAAAGUACUAUAAGGCAAUAUUGUAAAGAAAAGGCAUUACUGAAUUAAUUUGUUUUUUUUGUUGUUAGAGAACAGGCAAGAGAGAAAUUUCUUAUUUCAGUGCAAUACAUCUACCCAAAGACUACCCGUAAAUGCUCGCUUCGACCUAACAGACCUGGUAGAGAGCAGGAGGAGCCUGGGAAGAAGACCCAGCCCCUGAGGCUCAGGGAUGAGCCUGCUGCAGAAAUGGAGCGGCCAGGACAGCUCCACGGGAGACACUCCCGACAGUCAGGGGGUCACACACUGAGCCUCCUUUUCGCUCACCUCACGAGUCAUAGUUGUAAGUCAACACUUUAAAACCCAACCAGGAAGAGAAAGAAAGUGAUCAUGGGCGCACAGGCCUGAAGUGAGCUGUGACCACUCAGGAUAAGGGGGUAUGUGCCCUAAACUGGCCCCUGAACUCAUACUUGGUAGGAUUUACUUCUCAUAACUGUUAGUACAUUUAGAAAAUGCUAAUGUUUUCUUAGAACUUGAGCUCUUUUAAUUGUAUUCCCACUGUACAUAUGUGCCCCUAAAGACACUUGUAUUCCAUAUGAGAGAAGUAGAUAACAAACUGAGAACCUGGUUCGGGAAAAGAAAAUCUUCUCUAAACGUGCGGUAGUGUUUAGACUUGGGGAAGAAUAGGAAAACAGGCAUUUCAUCUGUUCACGUCCUUCCACAUCCCUGAGAAAAGUUUGAGUUUCUAUCACUGGUUUGGAUAGAAAAGCUCUUGGGGAUAUGAUAAUGCAGCAUUCUAGAAGAAUUUUCACUAAAACAUAUUUCCCAUUUAUAUGGAAAAUAAAAUAGGAUGUUUUUUCCUAAGCAUCCUAAAAUUCAACAUUAAGUUUUUAAAAUUCUAAGUGUGUAUAUAUAUCUUGACAUAAAGUAAUUUUAUUCUUACCCUUCAGUUUAAACAAAACAAACUGUACUGCCAUCAUUUUGUAGUGGUAAGGGAUAGUCUAGAAGGUUAUCAGUUGUUUAAUGCUGUAUGUAUUACUGUUGUAACACCUGUAGCUUCAGCAUGUUAUUCUGUUUUUUUUUUUAAGUCAUACACAUGAGAUCUGAGAGUUUGCCUCUUGGUGGCAUUGGUGUGUAAGUUACACAGACUGUCACUAACAUAUCUUCAUACCAAUAUAUGCCCAUGCAUGCAUACUCAGUUCCUUAGUACAGAAAAAUCAUUUGAAGAAUAACAGUCUUUUUAGUAACCUAUCAUUUUACCAUACACAUUGUGAUUUAGCGGUUAUGCUAAAAUCUGUAGUCAAAUAUUUCAGCAGUUUGUUCAGGGCCUCUCAUGUAUGUCAUUAAGAUUUUUACAGACAUAGUAGACUAUGUAUACAGAAUUUGUAUGUACGUCAUUUUAACAAGUAAGAGGACAUAUUUAGAAAUUCUUUAGAUAAUGGCUUAUUUUACCUUACUAGUUUAGAAACUGAAAAAAGUUGGGCAAUGCUAUGCCUAUUUUAUCUUUAGAUAUUUUAGUUCAUACAGAAGAAGAGUGCUUCUUGAAGCCUGGUUAGUUGGUUCAAACAAUUUUUAACUCUUAGGAAAAUCAUUCCAUACAUGGAUUAAUACCUGGUACAUGGGCACAAAUUUUGUUCUUAUGUGAAUAUUUCCUUUCCAGUAUCUUCUCAAGUUGGGGGAAAAAAAUACAUAUAUAUAUAUAUAUAUAUAUAUAUAUAUAUAUAUACACACACACACAUAUAUAUAUACAUAUUCUCUCGCCCUACCCUAUAUUUAUAUUUCCUGUAACUAGCAAGAAAUUGUUCUAGAUUAGUUUGCUUUUGUUACACCUGAGUAACAUGAUACCAUUUCAUUUCAAUUUUCAGCCCCAGAAGUCCCCACUACUUUGCUAAGUUGUGAAUGAUGUCUAUUAGACUGCCUGCCCAGCCUUAAACUUUCACAGGACUGACCUUUGCCAGUCACUAACCUGUGUGAACCCCAGUUUAAGUGUCUUAACUGCUGUGAGCGUGAACAAGUUGUGCUGUUGAGGGAGCUGUGUUUGGGCUAAGCCUUCCCUGCAAGGAGGGUGUCACAGAGGACAGCUCUGUGUCAGACCUGAUGGGCCCUGGAGACCACUCUCAGAAAUGAGAUAGCGGGCCCCAAAGGAAGGUAUCUAAUCCCAUGUGUUAUUUCCUAGGUUGAGUUUCCAUGACUGGGGAGAAAAAAAAAAGUAUAUUUCUUUGGCUCCUAGUGCAGAUCAUUAGUUGUGUGAGAUUUAGAGCUCUCUGAGCACCUCGCCUCAAGGUACAAAUGCCACUGAUCUCCCUACUACAAAUAACAGUCUCCGCCCAUGGGAGGGCUGGAGAUGAGAACGUGUCUGACAGUGUCCUGGAGAUAUUGGGUUGCGGGAGGAAACGGGUCACAGAUACAUUCGCACCUAGCUGUGAAGUGCCUUUAUUUUCAGCAUAGAGCACAAAUGUCAGACCGACUCCAAUUUGAUGUUCUGUUUCCCUGUGUUUUCCACCAGACUGUACUCCUAAAACUUUACAUGCCAUCAGAAGAAAUGCUGUUUGUUUUGUUUUACAAGCUUGAUUCAAGAUGGGACUGGGGGGAAGAGUAUAGUUGCUCUCCUCUCCUAGGAAUAACUACAGUUAAAACAAGGUAGUGUAACGUAACGCUCAGCAUCUGGCAUGCCUCAGUCCACCUUUGACUGAGUUCCUGCCACGUCUGGUACGCACUCACAGUGGAGGCCAAGCAGCGACCUCACGGAGUUCGUAAGUCUCUGCUGGAGACUUAUCCAGCCCUAAGGGAGUGCUGGAUAAGAGACUUACCAGCUUCUGAUUCUGCUGAUUUAAUGUGAAAAUACAGGGUACAGUUAUCACUUUCACUUAUAACGUGUGUUAUACAGUUUUUCAAUGACCUUCUUUACCUGGAACUUAUUAAGAAUCCCUCAGUGAACAUCCUGUCUUCCUAUAAGUAUGCAUCACUUAGCCUGUUGAUAGCUUAAAGAACACCUUAUGUAAGUAUGGAGUCAUAUAUUCCACUAUAUAGAUUAUUUUUCCAUGUGCUAGCCAGGUAGAGAUUACUCAAGAGUUCUCUCAGACCGUUAAGUUGCACACGGUUUUGGACCCCUUCUGCUCCACCACAGGGAGCGAGGAAGAAAGUAUUAAAACUCACUUUGUCCUUCCCAUAUGCUUCUCAAAAGCCUGUGUAAACAUGUCUUAAUGAAUGUUGUUGAAAGCCAUGUAAAUAGUUAAAAAUAUAAAUUUCUAAUACAGUUUAAGGGAAGAAAAAGCUUAUGAAUCAUCACUAGCCACUUAAUAUCUAUUUCUUAUACCUUUUCAAUACAUUUGAACAAAUAUAUAGUUUCUAGCACUAUUUUUGUACUAGGAUAAAGAGUUAUUACUAUGUAUAUUAUGUUUAGCAUUUAAGUCAUUUUAAAUAAUUGUGAAUGUUGGUUUCUUGUCUUUCCUCUCCCCCACCAUGAAAACCAUUUCAUAUGACUUUGACAAAAUCACUUUAAAAGAACACUUACCCACCUGUGAUGCUGAUGAUCAGGGUGGUUUUUCCAUUGUGCAGACUCAUCACUUGUCAGCUGUUUCCUCAUUUUGCCAUGCUGUGUAAAAAUAAAAAGAAGAAUUAACAAGUAA